AUGGAGCGGGCCGAGGCUCUGGAAGCACAGCUGGAAACUUUGGCAGCAGGACAUGCCAAAGAGAUGGCAGCAGUCAACGACCGCUGUUCAACCCUGGAGGGAAAACUUCUGCAGGCCCAAAAAGCUGCGGAGCAGAUGGCGGCCCAAUCUUCUGCGGCGGAAUCAAAUGCUGAAAGGAUCGCUGCUGAGUUCAAGGACCUUGAGGCAGCUACCAAGGAGGACCGAGAGAAGGCAGUGGAAGUUGCAGCCGAGAAUCGCGUCCUCAUUGCCACGUUGCGCUCCAUGCAAGAUGAAUGCCAUGUGUGCAAGCAGCUAGAAAAGGAUGUCGAUGGCACAGACAGGGAGCUUGACCAGAACAUGCAGCGAAUAUCCCUCAUGAGCAACCAUCUGAGGUCUCUGCAGCUGGAAAUUGACAGCACAGAAAGCCGACUUGAGGCAAAACACAAGGAAGUCAAGACGGAGCAGGACCUGCAGAAGCUGAACCACUUUGAGCAGAAAGAGCUGAAGCAGUGGCUGAAGGCGUCCAGUGAGAAAGAAGAGGUCAACAAGGCCCUGGGCAUCUCACAGCACAAGGAGAAUGUGAAAUUGAAAGCAUUGGCGCAUGACUUGGAAAGGUGGAGUCGAGCAGCAGUUUCAGAGAAGGCGGCACUGGAACAGGAGCUGUCCCAGUCCAAGUCUGCUCAAGCAGAGCUUGACGCGACAGCGGAUGCCUUCAAAAAGCUGCAGAAAGAGCGGCAGGAGACUGUUGCCCAGUGGGAGCAGACCCUGGCUACUGUCAGCAGGCACGAUGAUGCCAUCAAGGAGGCAGCAAACACUUUUGCAAAGGACAAGACAAAAUUGCAGGAGACCAGGUUAUCCCUGCAGGAAGCUAAGGCAGCGUUGGGCAAUGAGGAGGGACAAGGCAAAGCAGUGGAGAGUCAGAUCACUGCAUUGGAGCGGGAGCUCUUGCACUUGCGCAGGACGUCGAAAGCUGAUGAGCAGAAGUUAGAGAGCACACUGGAUGAGAUGGAGCAUCUCAAGAACAGCCUGAGCGCCUCAACAGAUGAGCUGGCAGUGCAGCGUGCUGCGAACGAGCAUGCCAGGGGAGUCCUUGCCUCAAAGAAUGAGAGGGUAGUGGCACUCAAGGCGAGGGCGGGUCAGGCAAGGGAGGAGUUGCAGGACAACACCUUGCAACUCAGCUCCAUCGAAGAUGACCUUACGAAGAUAGAGACUCUGCUUCAGAUGGAAGACAAGGGCCAUGUGGCAGCCACGAAGCUGGUGGCGUCCUUGAAGGAUGACAAUAUGAGGCGGAAGCAGUCGUUGCAUGAUGCAGCCUCAAAAGAGCGUCUGCUGUUGUCAGGCAUUGCGGGGUGCAAAGCACAGGCGACCAACUUGCGCCACAAGAAGCGCACCCUGGCUGAGCAGGGGAUGCGGCAAAGAGAAGUCCUGUACCAGGUGGACUUCUGCCUGGUGAUGCUGAAGCGCAGCCUGGCUCGCGCGGGCGGCCAGCGCACGGAUGACGAGGCGGCCGUGUUGCAUGCGCGCAUCGCUGAGCUGGCCGCCACCCUGGACGGCCGCAACGCUGAGCAAUCCCUCUUCCAGGCCCAGAUCAAGAAGACUGAACAGGACCUGGGAAAUGCCAGAAGGAAGGCAGCGGAGCUGAGUGUACAAUGCAAGUCUCUGGCCGAUGCCAUGCUGCGCCUGGAUAUGGAGACAGAAUGCACCAGCCGCUGCCUGAGAGAUACCACCAAGGACAAGGACAGCGCUGUGGUGGACAAGGAUGUGCUUGCUGUGGAUGUGGCCCGCUGCCGUGAGGCCCUGGUCGCCAAAGUUGAUGAGGUGCUCCUGGUAGAGCAUGAGAGGGCCCAGCUGCAGGAGAGCUUGGAGGAAAGAAGGAGUGCAAUGGCGGAGGAGAAGGAUUGCCUGCAAGCUGAGCUCAAGAUGAUGCGCGAGGAUCUGCACAGGAUCAUGUUGGAGCUGACAGAGCGCAGGCAGCGCGCCAGCAAGCUGCAGGCCAAGUAUGAGACGCAGUGCAGCAAGAGCAUCGGUGCUGAGGGCGCAGAUGAGUCCAGAUCACAGGCGUACUAUGUCAUCAAGGCAGCCCUGGACAAGCAGGAGCUUCUGCAGCAGAAGCAAGACAUCCUGAAGGCCAUUGGAGGCAGGGAGGAAGACGUUGCAGGCCUGGAUAAUGCUGUGGCUGACAUGGCAGGCAGCAAUGCCGAGCUGGCUCAGAGUUUCAGGGAGAAGGAUGCAAACAUGGCGAUGUAUGAGGCCCGUCAGAAACAAUUGCGCAAGCAGCUGAACCGCAAGUGUGGGGACAUGCGGGACGGAAAGUUACAGGAAAAAGCCCUUGAAAUCACUUUGGAGGCCGCCAAGCUACACUGCGGCAAUUUAUCUGCAGAAGAAGAUCAGAUGCGGGCCACUGACAUUGAUGUCAAAAAGCGCAAGGAGAAUGCGGAGAGGAGUCUAGCGGCACAGCGACAGAAGCAGGUGCGGGCCGUCAAGCGAGUAGAAACGUGCAGGAAGGAGCUCAGCCGAAAGAAGGCGCUGAAGGAGGGGGCUGGGAGCAGCAGCAUGGCCGAGCUGGCACACAUCGACAAUGAGAUCCUGAAGCAGCAGCAUUGGGAGCAGAGCACGAAGAAGCAGACGUUGUGA